AUGCACGAGAGCAUCAAAGUUAAGGAGAAGGGGCAGGUUUCAAAAGAAGGACCGGUAACUCGCAGCAGUAGUGGCAGUAAUGUGGGAAGCAACUCCCUUGAGGAAGAUUGGUCCAUUAUUUCUUCCUCAUCGGAUUUUGAUGACGAGAGAUCAACAACAAGUUCAGAUGGCAAGCACAACAUUGAAUCCGAUGACCAGUUUGGGUCUCUGGAUGCAGGCGAUGGCUCAAUCUUUAAGGUCCCUAAAUUGGUCCCAGGUGUGGAUAAACAAGGUUCUAUAAGGGCGGCACCUGAUACAAGGAAGUUGAGUGGCGGAUCAGAAGAAUUUAAUGGCUCUCCACUGUCGCUUUCAACAGCAUCGCGUCUGGAUGGUGAUUCUGUGUCUCAUGAAUUGGCAAAUUGGGCUAACGUCGGUUCCAAAAUCAAGUUUUUUGAGAAUAUGAGCAUGUUUAGCGAGUCAAUCAAGCAAAAAUCGAGCGAUUUCUAUUCUAAUUACGCAAAGGACAAGAUUGAGCAGUUGAACAAAUAUGUGAGUGAGCAGAAUAUGUCGGUUGGAUUAGAUGGAGCUGCAGAAGAAGCUGGAUGCGAGAGACAUGGCUUGGAAACUUUAACUGCUGCUCCACAAGCGGAAAUUGACACCGAUAUGGAGGACACAAUAGAGUUGCAAGCGAGAGAGAGGAAGGAGGCAACUGAAGCUGCAAAGCAAGAAGUUUACCAAGAGCCUCCCAUUUCGAACAAGGUGCAAACCAAGACGAACCCUACAUCGCACAAGGUGAGAAUUAUCAAUGCUGUUCAAAAUUUUUUGGAUACACAUUCUGAAUACCUCUGUUACUACCUUUUUGCCAUAUUGGUGGGUCUAAUACCUGCCAUCUAUACGAUCCACCACUUUGCAUCAGUUAAGGCAUCGAAACCGGUCACAUUUUACGACAAAUGCAACCAAUAUUGGACCGAUCUUGUUUAUGAGGACGCGCCUGUUAGUAGUAACUAUUUCGCUUUCCGCACUAAGAAGUUGAAGGUGAACCGAUUCGUAAGCUACAGCAAGCAGUUGAGAACCAGUUUGGAGCCAAGUUUAGCUUUGGUGCGUCAAUGGAGCAAUGAAGUCGUUGCGGAGGCAGUCCCUAUUGUGAACAAUUGGUUAAGCAAGACUCUGAAUGCAGUGAUGUUGGUGAGUAAAAAUUCUCAGCAGUGGCUCAAGGAUGCAAGCGUUGUUGCGCAGAAGGAGCUUGCCAGUUUGAAGGAGUUUGCCUCCCAAGCUGGUGAAAACGCAUCCGUUUACUCCCACCUUGGAAUGAAGUACGCUUCCCGCCAUGGAAAGAUAUUUGCUGGCCAAUUAUCUAACUACACCAUCAAGUCAGUUGAUACCUUGGAAAAAUUGUUAUACUCGUCUCGUAGGGAGGCAGCAGCAAUAUCUAAUAAAGCUGCUAAGUUCUCGGCUGAGUACAGCAAGAUUGCGGCGCAAGUGUCACGAAAAUUUGGAAAAAAGUGGGCAAGGUUAGGAAGAGUGGGACUUCGCAAAUCAAGCCGUCUUCUUCGCAAAGAGAUCAACAAGCUUCAAAAACAGUACCCGGGAUGGCAAAAGGGAGUGGUUUCGAAACUUACUGUUGCCACCAACUGGAGGGCCCUGUUUUGGUCGAAAGAUUCAUUUUUGAAGAAGCAAUUGCGUAGCCUGUCAAAGUUGGUUUUCAAGAAGUUUUCAGAGGUUGCCAAUGCUUACCGUGGGAUAAGUAACGAGAAGGGAUUGGAAGUUCUUUAG